AGAGGGAGAGAGAAUAGCUAGAAUACACGUUUACAGAUAAAUACUUCACUGAAUUGAACUAAGAGAAUUCUUAAGAGCUCCAUGGCAGGCUCCGUAGACCUCUACCAGAUACUGGAUUGUUUAAACUCAACAGAGCUGAACCGGUUCCGCUCGUACCUGUCCGACAAAAGCCAAAGCGAGUUUAAGCCCAUCCCAGCAGGAAAGUUGGAGAUCAACGAUGUCACAGAUGCUGUGGACAAAAUGAAUCAGUUCUACACAAGGGAUGGUUCCCUUCGGAUCACUGCACACAUUCUGGAAAAGAUGAACCGGCAUGACCUUGCCGAUGAAAUAAAGAGAGACACUCCAGACAUGCAGAGAGCCACAGCCACUGUUGCACCAAGGAGAGAAACCGAUGAUGUAAUUCUACAAAAAGUAAAACAACAAUACCAGGCAAAAAUGGUAGACUGGUUUGGUCACAUUCGUGAGUGCAUUGAGGAGAAGAGUGAGGCAUCGCUGAGGAAGAUCUACACAGAGCUGUACAUCACAGAGGGAGAGAGUGAAGGAGCCAAUCCUCAGCAUGAGGUCCACAGGAUUGAAAUGCAAUCUCAGUUUCAGAAGACGAACAAAAGCAAAAUCAUCUGUAACGACAUCUUUAAGUGCGCUGCUGAGCACGAGAAGAUCAGGACGGUGAUGACCACAGGCAUUGCCGGAAUUGGAAAAACUGUGUGUGUGCAGAAGUUCAUCUUAGACUGGGCAGAAGGACGGGCCAAUCAAGACGUCCACUUCAUCUUUCCUCUUCCAUUCAGGGAUUUAAAUUUGAAACAGAAGAAUUCAUACAGUCUACAAACAUUCCUUCUUCACUUCCAUCCAGAAUUGAUAGAUAUCCUACACCCAAGUAGGCUUGGCAAGUUGAAGAUCAUGUUCAUCUUUGAUGGUCUGGAUGAGAGUAAACUUUCUCUGAGUUUUGAACAGAACGUUUAUAAUCCCCUGGAAACCGUGCCUCUGGAUGUGUUGAUGACCAAUCUUAUGAAAGGCAAUCUUCUUUCCAAAGCUCUGAUUUGGAUCACCUCCCGGCCAGCAGCUGUCAAGCGCAUCUGUUCGUUUGUUUACAUACACAAGUGGACAGAACUGCUUGGUUUCAAUGACCAACAGAAGGAUGAGUACUUCAAGAACAAGAUCGAGGACCAAACCAAAGCUGACAGAGCCAUCAGCCACAUAAAAAGGUCAAAGAGCCUCUACAUCAUGUGCCAGAUCCCUGUCUUCUGUUGGAUGCUAGCCACAGUGUUUCGGAACCUAUCAGACCAGACGCAAACACUGCCCCAAACUUUGACGGAGAUUUAUGUCUAUUUUUUGCUCAUAGAGACAAAAAGGAAGAACCAAAAAGAGGGCGAGUGCUACGAACCAGAUGACAGAAAACUCCUGGAGUCUAACAAAGAGACCAUUUUAAAAUUAUCUGAACUAGCAUUCAGGGAACUGGAGGAAGGUAACAUCUUGUUCUAUGAAGACAACCUGAAGAAUUGUGGCAUUGAUGUAAACGACCCAUCCCUGUACUCUGGGAUGUGCACUGAGUUCUUCAAGAGUGAAAGUGAUUUCUACAAAAGGAAAGUGUUUUGCUUUGUGCAUCUGAGCAUUCAGGAGUUUCUGGCUGCAUUCUUCAUCUUUCACACAUUUGUGAACAACAACACAGACGUCCUGCAGCGUUUCAUCUCUAAAAGAGAAGCAACUGCAGUCGUGUGUUUACAAGACACUGUGUUAACAAGAACAUGGAGAAGCAUGAUUGCCUGUUUGAGGGGAGAGCCUUCAAAAGAAAGCAAAGUGGAAGACAUUGAACUGGAAAAUCAGCGACUUUCCAUGGCAGAUUUUUUAAAGACUGCAAUAGAUAAAUCCAUGCAGAGUGAAGAUGGCCACUUGGACCUUUUCCUUCGCUUCCUCUUAGGAAUCUCACUCGAGUCCAACCAGAACCUCCUACAAGGAAUUCUGACUCACACAGAGAGUAGCUCAGACAGCAUCAAGGAAACGGUCCAGUACAUUAAAGGAAUUCUGAGUGAGGAUACUAAAUCUCCUGAACGAUGCAUGAAUCUGUUGCUGUGUUUGCUGGAGAUGAAGGACGUUUCACUUCAUCAAGAAAUUCAACAGUACAUCAAGUCAGGUAAAGACCUGUCACCUUCCCAAUGCUCGAGUCUGGCCUACAUGUUUCUGGUGUCAGAGGAGACUCUGGAUGAAUUUGAUCUGACGAAAUAUAAGACAACAGGCGAGGGUCACAAGAGACUGCUUCAUAUAGUGAGAGGUUGCAGGAAAGCUCGGUUGGUUGGUUGUGAUCUCAGAGAAGACGCCUGUGAGGUGCUGACAUCUGCUCUUCAGUCAGACAACUCCCUGAAAGAGCUGGACCUGAGCUGUAACCCUCUAGGCUGUUCUGGGGUGAGGGUGCUGUCUGUUGGAUUGCAGCACACAAACUGCAGACUGGACACACUGAGGUUGGUUGGUUGUGGUGUCAGAGAAAAUUGUGCUCUGGCCCUACCAGCCAACUCACUGCUGAAAACACUGGACCUGAGUUCUAACCCCGUGAGAGAUGCUGGAGUGAAGAUGUUGUCCUCUGGACUGGUGUACUGGAACUGCAGACUGGAGACACUGAGACUUGCUGACUGUCAACUGACGAGCAGUGCUUGCCAAACCUUGGCAUCGUUUCUGCAGUUACACAACUCUUCCCUGAAGGUGCUGGACCUGACAAACAACGAUUUGACUGACUUGGGAGCAGAGAAGCUGUGUGCUGCCCUCAGCUGCAAACUGGAAGUAUUGAGGCUUGUUGACUGUAAACUCACAUGCAGAGGUUGCAUUUGUGUGGCCUCAGUUCUGACGUCAGAUGAUUUCAGCCUUAAGGAGUUAGACCUGAGCAACAACCACAUCACUGACUAUGGAGUGGAGGAGCUGUCAGUCGCUCUGGGACACCAGAACUGUAUACUGGAGGUGUUGAGACUGAAUGGCUGUGGUCUCAGUGAACACUCCUGUGGGAUUAUAUCCGCUAAUCUCCAAUGUGAGAGUGCACGCCUGCGAGAGUUGGACCUGAGCUCUAAUCCCCUGUGUGAUGCUGGAGUGGAGCGGCUGUCUGCUGGACUGAAGCACACACACUGUACACUGGACACACUGAGACUGGCUGGCUGUGGUCUCAGUGGAGAUUCCUGUAGGACUCUCUCAUCAGUUCUCCAGUCAGAACACUCACAGCUGAGAGAGUUGGACCUGAGCUCUAAUCCUCUGAAGGAUUCUGGAGUGGAGCUGCUGUCUGCUGGACUGAAGCACACUAACUGCAGACUGCACACACUGAGACUUGCUGACUCUGGACUAACUAGCAGUGCUUGCCGAACGCUGGUAUUGGUUCUGCAGUCACACAACUCCCACCUGAAGAAGCUGGAUCUGACCAACAACGACGUGACUGAUUCUGGAGUGCAGGAGCUGUGUGCUGCUCUGGGACAUCAGAGCUGUGAACUGGAGGUGUUGAGGCUCUCUGGGUGUCUGAUCUCACAGAAAGGAUGUGAGUUUAUCAUCUCAGUGCUAACAUCAAAUCCUGACCCCCACCUCACUGAACUCGACCUGAGCUACAAUCACCCAGGAGACACAGGGCUACAGAUGCGGUCAACACAUCCUGAGGGACAUUUGAACAUAAAGCUCAACAGUGUUGGUAGCAGUUCAAAAGGCUGGCUAAAAAAAGGAAUGAAGAAAUAUGGGUGCCAACUCACACUGGACCCAAACUUGGCCCACAGACGCCUCCUGGUGUCUGAGGGAAACAGGAAGGUGACACAGGUGAAAAUGGAGCAGCCGUAUCCUGACCAUCCCGACAGAUUUACUGACUAUCCCCAGGUGCUGAGCAGAGAGCCCCUGACUGGACGCUGCUACUGGGAGUGUGAGUGGAGCGGGGAGGAGGCUGAUGUGGGAGUGGCCUAUAAAAGCAUGGCUCGCUGGCAGUGGUUGGAAAGUAGUCACAAGGCCUGGUGCUUGGAGUAUCGCCACGACACUUACCUUGUGAGGCGCAAGCCUGUCGUUCAUGUCACGCGUGACCACGCUUUAGUGUCCAGGAGAGUGGGAGUGUAUGUGGACCGUGAGGCCGGCACUCUGUCCUUCUACAGCGUCUCCUCGGACACUCUCACACACCUGCACACGUUCUACACCACAUUCACUGAUGAGCCCCUACAUGCAGCGAUUUGGGUUGGACCCAACACCACAGUGUCCUUGGUCUAGAUCACAUGACCUAGACACACACACA